UAUUUAAUUUAUAUUUUAGUUACAGAAGAGUUAAUUAGAAAAAAAGCAGAACACAAUGAAUGUAUAAUUGGUACUUUGGAAGAACUAUCACUUCACCAAGAAGACGUAGAAAAAAUCGAAAAUGUUGGUAACUGGUGUAAGGAGCUACAAAUAUUAUACCUUCAAGCAAAUCUAAUAUCCAAAAUAGAAAACCUGUACAAACUUAAAAAAUUACAAUACUUAAACCUUGCGAUAAACAAUAUUGAGGUGAUCGAGGGACUGGAACGAUGCGAAUCUUUGGAGAAACUAGACUUGACGUUGAACUUCAUCGGGAACCUCGAAAGUGUUGCAUCUUUAAAAUCAAACAUUUUCUUAAAAGAACUAUAUUUAACCGGUAAUCCAUGUUGCGAUUAUCCUGGUUAUCGAGAGUACGUCAUCGCAACUCUCACACAGUUACAAAGCCUCGACCAAAAUGAAGUCACCCGAAGCGAAAGGAUUAAAGCCCAGCAGAAUUACGAAAAAAUUGCGGAACAAAUCAAAAGGGGUCAAGACAAAUAUUUUAAAUUCAGGGAAGAACAACGAGAAAGAAUGGCAAAAAGUAACAUGUACUAUUUAGACGACGACGAAUUCUGGAAGACUACAAGCGAAAAUUCGCCAGAAACACGAGUAGAAAUCGCUAAAAGAACCAGGAAAACGAAGGAGCUGAAACAGAGAAAGGAGGAACACCCGCCGAAACGUACCUACAAUUUAUUUACGAAGGAUGGCAGGCCUUUAAACGUUAAUCAAGCCAAAUUAGAUUUUACUUUUGACGUGGACGAUCCCGAAAAAUAUGUACUUGAUAUUGCUGUAUACAAGCAUUUGGACACGAAUCUGAUCGAGGUUGAUCUUCAGCCAAUUUACGUAAAAAUUAUGAUUAAAGGUAAAAUCUUUCAAAUUGUGUUUGGCGAGGAAAUUCUGAUUGAAAAAAGUAGCGCUCUGAGAUCUCAAGUUACUGGACAUUUAGUUUUGACAAUGCCCAAGGCGAAUUACAAGAAACCUUUGACAGUGAAGAGGGAGGUACCGAAAAAAACUGAAAAUAAAAAGAGCAACGUAUUUUUGGAAAUUUCUGGAAAUAAUAUGGACUUCAGUAAAAUUGUGGAAAACGAAGAUUUCGUAGAUAAUCCUGAAGUACCUCCUUUAGAGUAUGGAUAAUUAAAUACGUUUGUAAUAUUUAAUAAAAGUUUUUAGAAAUAUCCUCUGAAUAAACACGAAUUGUGAUUUACAUUUAUUUUUAUUGAGAUCAAUAUACAAAUAUUCACAUAUAAAAAAAUAUGACUAACAUUAAAAGCUCAUAUGUGUGAAAUAUUAAGAAAAAUGCAUCAUUUUAAUGCUUUAACAAAUGAUUAAUAUUGGCAUGCAUAUCCACUUUUUCUUUAUUAUCAUAAAAAGCAUUCUAUACAUUCUCAAGCUUGCCAAUUUUUGUAUAUUCA